GUAUCUUUCUUUGAUAAUAAAUAUAGAUUCGCCGCAACCCAUUUGAAUAUCUGAUAGAAGGGGCGUACCAAAAUCAGUUUAUUUUCCCUUGAUUUAGUCUGCAGCAAACCCCAAAGAGAAAAAAGGGUUUGCGUGUAGUGCUAAUGGGGACGUAUAGAGCCGAUGAGGAUUACGAUUACCUAUUCAAGAUUGUUCUGAUUGGGGACUCUGGCGUUGGAAAAUCCAACAUUUUGUCGAGGUUCACCAAGAAUGAAUUCUGCGUUCUAUCAAAGUCUACGAUUGGGGUUGAGUUUGCAACCAGAAGCAUUAGGGUGGAUGAUAAGGUUCUCAAAGCUCAGAUUUGGGACACUGCUGGCCAGGAAAGGUACCGAUCGAUCACAAGUGCAUAUUAUCGAGGAGCUGUUGGUGCACUGUUAGUAUAUGAUGUUACCAGGCAUGCUACAUUUGAGAAUGUGGAGAGAUGGUUCAAGGAGCUCAGAGAUCACACGGAUAACAAAAUUGUUGUUAUGGUUGUUGGGAACAAAGCAGACUUGAACCAUCUGCGAGCCGUUUCCGCCGAAGAUGCUAGAACUUUUGCAGCACGGGAAAGAACUUUUUUCAUGGAAACCUCUGCCCUCGACUCCACGAACGUUGAAAAUGCCUUCACAGAACUGCUCACACAGAUCUACCAUGUUGUAAGCACGAAAGCCCUUGAAAUCGGCGAUGAUCCAGCAGCAUUACCAAAAGGACAGACCAUAAAUGUUGGGUCUCGUUAUUAUUAUGUAUCAGAUGAGAAGCAGAAUGGAUGCUGUUCUACUUGACCAUGCAGCAAAAGCCUCUGUAUUUUUACUUUAAACCUAUGUAGAGU